AAGUAUAUUUAUGAAUUUUAGUUUUACCACUUGACGAGGCACCUCCCCCCGCCUAGGAGAAAGAUCGACACUUUGAAUCAUGAUUUGACUUCCUACUUUCUGCCCCCCCGGCUGCUCGAUUGAUCAUGAAGAUCAGCACAGCGAUGGAGCAAUCUUCAUCAAGAGCCGCGACCUAGCUGCUGUAAGUACUCGGGGGCGAGUUUUUCCACAGGGUGCUCCACAGAUUCAUCAACCACCACGACUCACCUCUCGGCCCGUUGAAUAUCUACACCGCGAAGAAGGCGCUGCUGAGUCAUUUCAUAACGGUAUACUUCCAACUUUGUAGUUGUUCUGCAGCGUGUUUAUAGUACCUAGUAUUGCUAUUUUGGAGGUCCAGGUCGGGGUUGUUUUCUUAUGCGGAUCUUCGAAGAUUGAACUUGAAUUUUGUGCAAGAAAUUCUUGUCGCGCCUCAUGAUUGAUGCACUGCCCCACGCAAUGAAAUUUCGUACAUGAAAACCAAACCAGGCCUACUUGUCGUCGACGGGAGCCAAGACAAAAUAAUCAAAAAGCUGCAGCAGAACUUCAACUUUAUCGAUGGAGGUUCGACCUCCUCCGUUUAUUCUUCAGGGCCCUGGGCGCGGCUUUCCCAGAUGCAGAGCGUCUAAGUCUAUCGACAGUGGGAAUAAAAAUGCAGGCCUUAGUGAGGACAGGAGAUUUUUGCGCACACACCACGACGAGCACUCCAGCGGUCGAAGACUGGUAUCAUGCGGGAGAAGUGGGCGGGUCUUGGUCCUUUUCUGUUUGUUCGCGAUCAACAUGUUGUUGCUGCUGGGUCGUACUGCUUCUACAUGUGGCGUACUUCAUCUCUUCUUGGCCAGGGCGCUCGAGCUCCUGGGAGGCGGUGUUAAUAAUGCCGGUACUAUUUUUACCACGAUUACCAGCACCUCGGCCUCCAACACAACGCUCUACUCCGGCUGCGGCUUAUUCGUUGCUGCAGAGCUGAUGGAACUGCGGAGGAAGGAGGGUCAGGAGACUGAAAACGACUCACCCGAGGCAGAUGCUGGGAUGAUUAGUAGUAUUGAGAACACAAUUUCCUCCGACGACUCCGACGAGCCGGAGCCGGAGGCGGAGCCGCGCACGCCUAGGUUAAUAUCCUUAUCGUCCUCGCCAAACGAAAAAUCUGAUGCGCAGGGGGGCCGUGCGUUCCUGCAGACGCAAGACGUACCUCGCAGUAGAAUCUUCGCGGACCAGCCGCAUUCGUCGAACCUCCGCCGUGAGGACGAAGCAUCGUAUACUCGCCCAUUUGAGGGCACCAGGAACGUCGACCCUGAAGGAGCAGUCGUGUCUUUUGCACGCGAGAAGGAGGCAGAACUACAUGAUUUACCAGCAGACGAUAACGGGCCGAUGUUGGAGUUGUACCUCGGACACUCAGCCGAUUUAUCAAAUGUAAAAAUGUCUGGGUCUGGAAGAUUGGGAUUGCAACUUGUCAUGCUGAAGCCGAAUCAUGCAAAAAUCUGUGUUGCAUGACUACCAAAAGCUGCCCAGUUUCGACCAAGUUGGGAGGGAGUUUCUCAUGCAGGAUAGGCAUGACAGAGACCUCGCGGACUCUGUCAUGCUAGGUCCCGCAUUCCAGACCAGACCUCAUGGGUCAUGGAAAAUAACCUGCAUGACAAGUUUAACACUCUUCCAGACCCAGACAUUUUUACACUUGAUACGAUUAUGACGAGGACGAUGAUCAGCAGGUUGAUCAGAGUGAGCAGCAGGAGGUGCUGGCGCAUGUCUACUCGACGUCACUCUCGGGGAAGAUACUGGAAACGGAGCAAGUGCUAUCCAAGAAAAAAACAUUGUAGGUGUAACUUUUUUGGAGGAACAGCAUUACAAAUCUGUCUGGCAUGAGAGCAAAAACCUGUCAUGCGCAGAUAGUACGUGAAAACGCCCUGUGAUGGACCCUACAAUGCAUGCCAAGCAUGACAGACGCAAUCAUCUUGCAUGUUGCGCAUCACAAAUUUACACUAACAACGUUUUUCUCUUGGAUAAGUGCAGAGCAGUGCGCUGCAGCGAGGACUGUCCCCCUUCUACGACGACGACUUCGAUUACGGAAGUCCGGAGGAUUAUGGAAGCGUCAGGUUUGAAAUCGUCAAAGUUGAAAUAAUUUGUAAUGCAUGAAAUGCAUGACCCGAGGCGCGUGUGUUGCAGAGCAGGCAAGUGAGGCCGAUUGUAAGCCUGGUUGGGGGUUACAGCUCGAGCUGCUAAAGUAGCAUGAGAAAACCACUCUUCUUUGCCUAAACAGCAUGACAAACUGGAUUUAGGGACCGCCGAAAUUUGUCAUGCGCCACUUGAAAACUGGGCUCCAACUGGCAUCGAUUUUAUGCAUGACAAAUUAUUUCAACUUUGUCGAUUUCAACUCUGACACAUCCAUAAGGAUAUGGACAUGGAGUUUGCCGCUGCGUUCGGUAGACCGUACGAGCAAGCUCGGGACGACCUUUUAGCCCUGAAAAGGCGCGAGGAAGAACAAGAGCGAGAACGGGAGGAAGCCGAAGCCCGUCGCCAAGCUGAACGCUUUCGUCGCAUCCAGGAACAGCAACAAAAAACUUUGGACGACACAAAUUCCGAGAGCGACGUGCUGCAAAACGAUGAAAUCAUCCCGCUUGCAGUGGCGAAAAUGUUGCAGGGAGAAGGAACAUUUGCUGCAACAACUGACUUGCAGUGCCCAGUAGAAGCUCAAGCUCCUGAUGGAAAGAAGCAGGAAAUAAAUCAGCAGUGCCUAGCUGCUGGGAAAAGAGAAGUAAAAGCCGAAGAGGUUGUAGCUUGGUACCAGUCCAGCUCCUUCUUCGGCGGGGUUGCGAAAAAUUUUUGGGAAGGAGUGAAGCGGCGGAUUCUAUCAAAUGCAAAAAUGUCUGGGUCUGGAAGAAUUGGAACUUGUCAUGCAAUUUCUGGAAUAGGCAAAAAUUUGUAUUGCAUAGGCACCAAAAGCUUUCCACUUCGUGCUACGCAAAUAGGGAAUUAUUUCUCAUGCGGGAUAGACAUCAGGAGGCCUGGGCAAAACCUGUAAUGCUUUUGCGUGCACUAGAGACCAGUUCGUUGCGUGAUCCAGAACAUGCAUGACAAACUCCUGGAAUCUUCCGGACCCAGACACUUUUGCAUGUGAUAGAUUCCGGACUUGCGCAACAUCUUCCGGUCCCUGCUCGAGAAGUAUGAAAGCCUCAGGUUGGAAAUCCUCAAAGUGGAAAUAAUUUGUAAUGCAAAAAAACGACUCCAAUAGAAGCGCCGUUUGUAGUCGGCGCAUGACACAGUUCCCGGGCCCUUCAAGCAUGUCUGUCAUGCAGGUUAAGGCAAAGGGGUGCCCUUCUCUCGUGCUAAGCAACACUCCAACUCUUCACCCCUAGCAGGACAAGAGUCGGUCUCCAUUGUGUCCUCUGCAAUGCAGUCUUUUUUGCCUUGCAUUUCAUGCAUCACAAAUUCUUUCCACUUUGAGGAUUUCCAACCUGAGGCUUUUAUAAGAAGGCGACUUGGCUGAAAGACAAAGUGAAGGAUGCGGGCUCUAGCUUUUCGAAGUUCAUUGCCAAGCUGGCGUUUGGUGAGUUGAGUUUCAAGCGUAUGUUCCGGGUGCUGACCGACCGCUUGGCGCAGACCGCCAGUUUGAGCCUUGGCGUCGCGGCGCAGGCAACCCUGUUUCGGUUUGUUCCAGGGGUUGCGGUGCCCAUCGGCGACUACCUGCACGGCACCGUGAAGAAAAUGGUCGAAAAGUUCAUGAACGGGGAGCCUUUUACUUUUUUGCGCGAGUUAUUUCAGAACAUCGUGGGCAAAGGGCUUGUGGGAUCCAUUGUGCCCUUCUUGGUGCGGUCUGCGCUCUCGCAGGUCUGGGCGCUUGUUUCCGGCGCUUUUUCGAAAGCUGUCGAACUGCUCGGCGAGGCCGGCAAACUUGUCUCGUGGGGCAUAAAGGCCACGGGUGAGCAACUCAAGAAGCUUGUGACCCACGUGGCACACGGAUUGGCGACGCUAGGCAAAGGGUUGCAAAGCAUGGCCAAACGCCUCGCGACAUUCCUUUCGCAAAAGCUCUUCAACUUCCUCGAGAACAAAACACCAAAAGCUGCACAGCCAGCAGUCGACAACAUCACGAUCACGUCACAACCUUCUACAAAAGUUGCAGCUUUACCACUUCCACCACAGAACGACCACAUCAACGGCAUACAGCAGAACCAGAACGACUCGGGUAAUAAAGACGAGCACGAGCAGACGGACGAUGAGAAGAGCGAAGCGGCCCUGCAACAUGUGCUCGCCGACGUAGAAGGAAACGAGAAAGUGGAUACCCUGGAAGUGGUAUGAAAAGGAAAAAUCCCCCCUCCCCAUAUCAAAAAGGAAAUCUGUGAUGCUGGAGUUGCGUACACAAAUCAGAUUUGUAUUGCAGGAAGGCACUGCGACCAGAUCCCCAGGCUAGCUAGGGGCGUAUGGGUCUAGUUGUUCAGCAUUGCAAACGGCUGACCUUUAGGCCCAACAGCAUGACAAAUCGCUUCCAUAAUGGGGCGGAAGCUUCUACCCUUGUCUUCAUUCUUGCAACACAAAUAUGAUUUGUGACCUCAAAUCAGCAACGCACGUCUGGCCUACGGAUAUCAUGGGGAACUAAGGCUCAAAUCAGCAACGCAAAUUUUCGGAAAGAUACUUUUUCGAUAUGGGGAGGGGGGGAUUUUUCCUCUCAAUAAGUGGAAGCGGUGGAACUUUGGCAGGGAAUGGACAAGCAGGUGGCGAAACUGGCAGAAGAAGUCUUCAAGAACGGUGUCAAACAUGAUCAAGAAGAGUAUGCGAGUGUCAGGAUCCAAAUCAACAAAAUCGAAAAACUUGUAAUGCGUAAAAUGUAUGGCACGCAAGGCCUGUAUUGCGGGGCAGGCAAAUGAGGCCGAUUGUGAGCCUGUUUAGGGGUAUGGAACUGCUGCAAAAGUGGCUUGACAGGAGCAGCCUUCUUUGCGCAAACAGCAUGACAGACUGGAUUUGGGUGCUCCCGAAAUUUGUCAUGCGCCACUUGGAAACUGAGGCUCCAACUGACAUCGAGUUUGUGCAUCACAAAUUUUUCGAUUUUGUGAAUUUCGAUUCUGACACUUCCAUAAAGAGAAGGCAGAAGGAGAAAUGUUCAUAAAGGCUUUGGCGCCCGAAGUCCCGGAGGAGGUCCCGGAAAAAGUAAAGAAGCCUUUUCUUGGACGCAUCAAAGAGAAGGUCUGGGACUUUCUUGUCGGGGAGGAAUCCACGUUGAGGAAAGCGAUUGACAAGACGUGGGAAACGGGUUUGGAUGUGCUCGGGUGGCUGUCUACGCAUAUGGCCCGCCUGUUUUCUAUGGAUGUGUCAGGUUUGAAAUCGUCAAAGUUGAAGUAGUUUGUCAUGCAUAAAACGGAUGGCAGUUAGACCUACAGUUUGUAGUCGGUGCAUGACAAAUUUUCCCGGUCCUGGAAAAGAGUCUGUCAUGCGGUUUAGGGCAAAAGAGCUGCCUUCUGUCAUGCUACUUAGCAGUCCAACUUUUGACCCUUGCCAGGACUAUAAUCUGCCUCCCGUGGGUCCUCUGCAAUAGAGUCACUUUUUGUAUCGCAUUUUAUGCAUUACAAAUUAUUUCAACUUUGACGAUUUUAGACCUGACGCUUCCAUACUUUCCAGCGCGGUGUUCUAUGCCAUGCUGUUCAAAUUGGCGGGGAUCGUUUCCUAUGAAUUGCAAAAAUGUCUGGGUCUGGAACAUAGCAACUUGUCAUGCUACAUCUGAAUCAUACAGGAAUCUCUGUUGCAAGAGUACCAAAAGCCGUCCAUUUUUGACCCGGGUGAGAGGGAAUUUCUCAUGCAGAAUAAGCAACAUGAUAUACAUAGAUCUCACAGAAUCUGUCAUGCUAGGUCCUGCAUUCCAGAUCUCAUGGGUCUUCAUGGAAAAGCUGCAUUACAAGUUGCGUAUUCUUCCAGACCCAGACAUUUUUACAUUUGAUAUUUCCGACCUCUUGCUCAACGUGUUGCAUCUCUUUCACCUGCCCCCUUGGCUAACUGGACGGGUGACCAACGAUUUGGUGGAAACCGUGGUGGUGGUCCUCGGUGUCCAAUUCCAAGACAAGAUUACCGAACUGCUGCAACGUAUGGAAGCGUCAGGUUUGAAAUCGUCAAAGUUGAAAUUACUAUCUAUUAUAUUCAUGCGAAAAUAUUGGUCUAGAGAGGGUAAACGAGAGGUGGCAGGGAGGUCAAAAAGAGGUCAAAAGAGGUAAAAAAGAGGUCGACAGAGGUGGAGAGGUGGCGCGGGAGGUAAUUCGAGAGGGUGGCCGAGAGGGGGCGCGAGUAUAGCCCGCCGAACCGGUCACCCUUUAGGGCCGCUAAGCGGCACGGAGGUGGCCGAGAGGUAAAAAAGAGGGCAAGCGAGAGGUGGGCAGAGGUGCCGAGAGGUUGCGCGAAUAAGGGGAGACCUCUCGCGCACCCUCUGGGCCACCUCUCGGCCACCUUUGUAGACCUCCACCGGCGAGUAUAGCCGGAUUAUUAGCAACACCUCUCGGAAGAGGUGAAAAAGAGGGUCUGCGAGAGGGGUAGAAAAACCCGAAUCCGCCCGGCACAGGGCUUAUUUUUUUGCGGCCCUUUCAUGCAAAAGCCCGAACCCUCUCGCGCCACCCUCUCGCGCCACCGUCUUGCGCCACCCUCUCGCGCCGACAGUUUUAUUUCCCCGGGGAAUCAGGUGGGCGGGUGCGGGGUGGUGAUAAACAAAGAGCAGCGCCGGCCUCUGUCUGAUUCUUUCGGCACGCACCUACGCCGGGGCGGCAUCUCUUUCUCUUCGCCCGCAAGGUUUACUGCAGCUGCCCCCUGCGCAUAGCGCCUAAAGGCGCGGGAAGCGCGCAGGAGGCCCUGCGAGUUGACCUCGCGCAAAAUGGCGCUCAAAGUUUCCUCGGUCCUUCACGCUGUGCCCAAAGAAAGCUUUUGUGUCGCGGCCCGAUCCGCAAAUAGUCAAACCCCAGCACAACAGCCUUGCGCUCCGGCGUUAGCCGGAGCAUGGCUGGUAAUCUGUAAUGCAUAAAAUGCAUGACCCGAGGCACGUGUGUUGCAGAGCAGGCCAGUGAGGCCGAUUGUAAGCCUGUUUGCGGUUACAGCUCGAGCUGCUGAAGUAGCAUGAGAAAAUCGCUCUUCUUUGCCUAAACAGCAUGACAAACUGGAUUUCGGCUCUACCCAAAUUUGUCAUGCGCCACUUGGAAACUGGGUUCCAACUGGCAUCCAUUUUAUGCAUGACAAAUUAUUUCAACUUUGUCGAUUUCAACUCUGACACAUCCAUACAACGCGUACUCUAUGACCACUUGCCCACUGUGGCUCAGAAAUUUAAAUUGUUCAUGAAGUCUGGAGCAGAAAAGCUCCGGAGGUUGCUCGGCAGCGUAUUGAUGACUCUGCCUCAUCAGACACUCGCAUGGCUCAAGUCGAGUAUCCACAGUAAAUUUCCUGUACAUGUACAAAUGCGAUUUCUGCAUGACAAAACUUUCCUCAAAUUCUAUUCAGCAUGGCAAGUGGCAUGCUCCAAGUUGUUGGUGACAUUUGUGAUGCAUUUUGUACAUGUACAGGAAAUUUGUAUUGCAUAUCGAGGAUAGUGAAGACCUGGACAAGUGCUUGGGGCAGGAUCAGUGCGUUGUUCGGAAGGGGAACAUAUCCUGUGCAAAAGUGUCGUACUCGUAGUAAUUGCAGUCAUGCAAUACAAAUUUUUUUCCUAAGGUAAAUCCGCAUGACAAAUUUCAUUUCUCAUGCUGAGGGAAUUUGUAAUGCAUUUAUACGAGUACGAUACUUUUGCAAUGCAUAGAACAUCCGAUGCCGCUGAAGGGACCACGUCCAAGUCCACGCCGCGCCGUUAUGCUAGUGCGAUCGCAGAGACGAUCGCAGGAGCUGCAAGCAAAGCUAUCAAAAUGAAAAAUCAAAAUCCCCCCUCCCCAUAUCAAAAUGGAAAUUUCUGAUGCUGAUUUGCGUACACAAAUCCGACCUGUCUUGCAGUAAGGCACUGCGGCCAGAUGUCUGGCAGCCUAGGUGGGAGCGCGCAGGUCUAGUUGCUCAGCAUUGAUGCAAACGGCUACCCUCUAGGACCAACAGCAUGCCAAAUCGCUUCCACAAUUGGGCGGAUGCCUCUGCACUUGUCUUCUUGCAAGACAAACCUGAUCUGUGGCCACAAAUCAGCAGCGCAAAUUUUCGGAAACAUACCUUUUCAAUAUGGGGAGGGGGGAUUUUUCCUCGCAAUAAAAGCCGCUCGGGAAGAGGGGCACGGGACCGAACACGGCGUCAUCGCGAGUACGGAGGCCGAACUGUUUAUGGAAGUGUCAGGAACAGGAUUGAAAUCGUCAAAGUUGAAAUGGUUUGUCAUGCAUAAAAUGCAAGGCAUGAAGUGCCUGUCUUGCCGGGAUGGCAAGUGAGGCAGAUUGUGAGCCUAUUUAGGCUUUGGGAUCGAGCUGCUAAAGGAGCAUGACAAAAGCACUCUUCAUCUGUGCCCAAACAGCAUGACAAAUUGGAUUUCGGUGCUCCGAAAAUUUGUCAUGCUCCGCUUGGAGCUUGGUCUUCCAACUGGUAUCCAUUUUAUGCAUGACAAAUUACUUAUUUCAACUCUGUCGAUUUCAAAUAACCUGGCGCUUCCAUACUGUUGAAGCACCGGGCCGGAGACGAUGAAGAUGGGUCGUCGUGUAUUCUGAGUAAAAACGUCCCCACGCCAUAGUUGUCAUGCAAUUCCGCAUGCCAAAAAAGUUUCUCAUGCGGAGCCCUAUGCAGAGCGUUUUCUGUUCGUGUUUUGGAACUUGUGAUGCUAGAAUCAGCAUUCUAUGCUAGAUCUGUGAUGCUUCUUAACUAGCUAAACAGGAUCACACUACGCGGACAAACUUGUCAUGCCAAACAAGCAAAGGCAAAGCUGGCUGAUUUGUCUAGCAGAUUCCCCAUCUUGACUCUGGUGUGGGGACGUUUUUACACAGGAUAUCGCGGACUACUGGAAGUGGAGAAAUUGUCGUCAAGAGCCGCGGCCCAUUCUCAUGGUUUCGCAAUCCCAUUGGCCACAUGCAGCGAAACUUCAACGACGCGCUCGAAAAGUUUCGUGUCGCCACAAGCCGUAUCCUGUGCAAAAGUAAUAUCGUACUCGUUGUACUAAUCGCAUUCAUGCGUUACAAAUUUCUUUCUGAAGUUAAAUCUGCAUAUACAAAUUUUGGUUCUCAUGCUGAGGCAAUUUGUCAUGCGAUUUAUAAAAUAACACUAUAGAAUUUUUACUCGGAUUUUUCGCCCUUAUAGAUUAUAGGGGCGCCCUUAGAAAAUGAAUUCUAGAAAAAAGGGAAUUUAGAAACUUCCCUUAAGGGAGCCCUUAAAGGAAGCUUCUAAGGGAGCGCGCGUAAGAAAAAAAAAGGCAUCGCGGGGAACAAACAUCCUGCCGGUGUGUCCUCCACGCCCGCGGGCGGUCCGGCCGGUUUUUAGCAGGUCUAUUCUGGCUACCCCCAAAGACCGGCCCCGUUUGGGGGGGUAGGGGGGGCGAUGAAGCUCGGCAUGCAAAAUGAAGAGGGCGGCCCUUCCCGUAUCUGGGGAUAUAUCUGGGGAGAUAUCUGGGGAUAUAUCUGGGGGCAUAUCUGGGGAUAUAUCUGGGGAUAUAUCUGGGGAUAUAUCUGGGGAUAUAUCUGGGGAUAUAUCUGGGGAUCUAUCUGGGGAUCUAUCUGGGGAGAUAUCUGGGGAGGUAUCUGGGGACAUAUCUGGGGAGAUAUCUGGGGAUGCGGGAAAUAUCUGGGGAGAUAUCCGGGGAGACAUCUGGGUCCGGGGACCUACUUAUCUGGGGGAGAGGCCUUCUCUAGACAUCAGGGUAGGAAGCCCAAAAGCGGGGGAUCGGGCCAGGGCCGACGGCCGGGCCGGGCGGGGGCGAGCUAGUUAGGAAGAAGCCCCGGAAGCGAAGGCGCGCGCGCCCACUAAUGUGGGCCGCUACUAGUGAAGGGCUUCAGUAGCAAGCGGAGCCCGUUUUGUCAUGCUAAGACCGCGGCCCGAAGGGCUUCGAAUAGUGGCCGCGUUUCCGCUAGCAGAUUCCCAAGAGCGGGACUCUUUCGACGAGUCUUCAGCCCAACGCUCUCCAAGUUUUUUCCUCUUUGUUGUUAGUUUGCUUGGUAGUUGCGUUUAGAUUUACUAGGCCACCUAUCGCCGGCGUCCUGGACGCCGGCGUAAUGGUCUAGUACUAGUACGAUGCUUUUGCACAGCAUAAGCCGCGUCACCGACUUUAUCUCCCGAAAGACAAAGGGCUUCAUGGACUACGUGAAAACCGUCGGGGCCCGGAGCCUGUUCGCCUCCGUUCGUACAGUCGCGGAGGUGGUGCUUGGCAUAUGGCGUUCUCAACUGAUGUUACAUUCUCAAACGUUACAUGAAUUCGUGAUGCAAAAUUGCCAUUAGCCUCCACUUGAUCAAGGUGCUUAGCAUGGCAAAACAGCAUGAUGAUCUGUGGAAAAGCUGUGAUGCGAAAGCUGCAAUCACUGUUGCCACUCUCACUGUUGUUGUUCUUGCAUUACAAAUCCAUGUAACAGUUGCGAAUGUGACGCUUGAGAGCGCCAUAUGGCACCGUGGUGGAUUAUGUGUUUCCUUACGUUUUCUUUGUGUUGACGAAGAUCUGUCCGUAUCAAAUGCAAAAAAGUCUGGGUCUGGAAGAUUCUAAACUUGUGAUGCUGCCUCUGGAUGCUAAAAAAAUUUGCAAUGCAUGACCAGCAGCAAGAGGACCCCAGUUCGUGCUACGCGGAGAGGGCAUUUCUCAGGCUGUAGAGGCAUCGCAAUGGCCUCUAAAAAUCUGUGAUGCUAGGGCAUGCAUCACAGAGAUCAUGGGUCAUUCAAAAUAUUCUUGACAAGUAGCCUGGCCGCAAUCUUGCAGACCCAGACACUUCUGCAACCCAUAGUCCGAUUUUGGGCCCCGUCGAGUUCAUCGUCCGGCUUUUGGUGCACCAGCUAGCGUUAUCCUGUGCAAAAGUAUCGUAGUCGUAGUAAUUGCAAUCAUGCAUUUUUCUCAAGGUAAAUCCGCAUUACAAACUUUACUUCUCAUGCUGAGGGAAUAAUUUGUCAUGCUUUUUUACGAGUGCGAUACUUUUGCAAUUCAUAAGCGUUGCAGCUUUUAUAUUUCAAGCGGCCGGAAGGCGGGCAGAAGCAGAACGCAGUGGCGUCGGCCGUGGUCGGGGC